AACAAUAUAGGGAUAUCUAGACUUGCGAAUAUUUUCUAAAAUGUUGUACCGGUUUCUUACAAUACCGUCGACUGAGCAAGCGAUUCCUUUCUUUCAAUGAUGAUCCUCAUUCAGACGAGAUUGUUUCGUCUUCAUUUCUACCAUGUCAUUGUGCCAUCGUUUCUUUUCUAGCCCAGAGAAAGCAAGAGAAGCUGAACCAGAAAAGUUACUCUAUGUAGUCUGUCUGUAUGCUGGAACCCAUACGCAACAACCAGACUAUUUAGCUACCGUAGACGUUGACUCUUCUUCUCCAACAUAUUCUACUGUCGUGUCUCGAACUCCUGUACCUUAUGUUGGAGAUGAAUUACAUCACUUUGGUUGGAAUACUUGUUGUUCUUCCAAGCAAAAAGACUCUUUAGCUCGUCGAUAUUUAAUAGCUGGCGGUCAACGCUCAGGUCGUAUUUACAUAUUUGACACUGCAGAGGAAAGGAAUCCCAAGAUACAUCAUAUUAUUGAACCUGAGGAACUGAAGUCCAAAGUCAAUCUAGGCGCUCCACAUACAGUGCAUUGUCUUCCUGAUGGAAAUAUCAUGAUAAGUAUGUUGGGAGAUUCAGAAGCAAACAAUCCAGGAGGGUUUCUGUUAUUGGACCAAGAAUUCCGUAUCAUUGGUCACUGGGAGAAGAAUAUGAAAGGAGUCGACUUCAACUAUGACUUUUGGUAUCAACCAAGACACAAUAUUAUGGUUUCUACAGAAUGGGCAGCACCCAAAACUUAUUUUCAAGGUUUCGAUUUAGAAGAUGUCAAGGCAGGCAAAUACGGGAGAAAGUUGCAUUUUUGGGACUGGAAAGAACAAAAACUUGUACAAUCUAUCGAUUUGGGUGAAGAUGGAUGGUUACCUUUGGAAGUCCGUUUUCAUCACAAUCCAGAUAGUUGUCAUGGCUUUGUUGGUGUUGCGCUGUCUUCCAACAUUUUUCAUAUAUACAAGUCUCAUAACGGUAGUGAUGAAUGGAAGGCCGAAAAAGUCAUUUCUGUGCCACCUGUUACACCAGAAAAUGCGUCUUCUUCGAUUCCUGCAGUUAUUACUGAUAUACUCAUUUCAAUGGAUGACCGCUUUUUAUACUUUUCUGAUUGGCUGCAUGGAGAUGUCCGUCAGUAUGAUAUCUCGAAUCCUUCAAAGCCAAGAUUAACUGGCCAACUUUGGUUGGGUGGCCUAUUAGAGAAAACUUGCAAGGUUGCUGAUAAUAUAUUAUGUGGAGGUCCACAAAUGCUACAACUUUCUCUUGAUGGAAAGAGAUUGUAUGUCACCAAUUCUUUAUUCAGCUCGUGGGAUAACCAAUUUUAUCCUGAAAUGGCAAAUAGAGGCUCCUAUUUGCUAAAGAUAAUUUGUGACACGGAUAAAGGUGGAAUGGAGAUUGAUCACUCUUUCUUUAUUGACUUUGGAAGAGAGCCUUGUGGUCCUUGUAGAGCUCAUGAAGUACGUUAUCCAGGUGGCGACUGCACUUCGGAUAUUUGGAUGUAAGAAUGGUAUAUAAAAUAUUGCAUUGAAUUGGAUUACUUUGUCUUGCUUGUUGAUUUAUGGAGUGUAAAAGAUGAUUCUCACUAUAUGUCAAAGCCUCUUGUAAAAUACGUAUAACUAGAUUAUUUCGAACAAGUAUCCGACAGCAAGAGCCCUCGUCUUGCAUAUAAAUAUAUAGUCAGGGAU